CUCGGCGCCCCCCCAGCGGUGCGCCCGCGCGCCCGGGCCCAGCCUCUGGGCCCGGGGAGCCGGCGAGGGGCCCCGACCGCGCCCGGGCCCGCGCCGCUCCCUCGAGUCUGGCCGUCCAGGGCCCGGCCGACAGCUGUUGCAGGCUGGCCGCUCGAGGCUCUGCGGGGACGUUUGUUUGCAAGCCCAUCUGCCUACUUUCAAAAACCUCUAAGUCAACAACGCACCUCUGGGAGGGGGCGGCCGCGGCGCCCCCCAGCCCGCGCUCGCCAAGGAGGCCGGCACCCACGCCCCAGCCCCGGACGGGCCUCCGGGGAGGGCGCCCCAGGGCCUCCAGGGGGGCGGGGCCCCGGCCCCCUUUGUGCAGGGCCCCCAGCUUCCAGGCAAGCUUCCGACGCUCGCUCUCUCUCCCCCGCUUCAGUUAAUCUUUGUUCCCCUUUUCUGCUGAGAGAAGGAAAAAAAAAAACAGAAAGAGAAAGAAAGAAAAGAAGGAAAAAAGGCGUGACUUGAUUUUCAAACGAAACUCCCACAGCAAACAAAACCCUUUUAGAGAAAUAAGAAAGGAGGAAGGAGGAAGAAAAGAGGGGAAGGGGGCUGAGAGAGCGAGCGAGCCCUGCAGGCUUUCGGUUCGAGUGGCAGAGUUGAGCCGAAAGGGAGAGAAAGAAAAGGCAGAAAAAAUCCUCGCUGCGGUGGAAAGAGAAAACUUGGGCUGACAGGCGGGGGUGCUGGGGGUGGAAGGAAGUGAGAAAACAAAAGAGAGAUAAAAGGGCUGCUUUUCUGUCUCUCUUCCUCUGCGAACUGGCUUAGGAGGAGCUCUUUUGCAUCCCUUCACGUCAGCCCUGCCUCGCUCCCUUCUUCCAGGGAGGGAGAGCGCGAGCGAGAGAGCGAGGAUAGAGGAGAGAGAGAGAGAGAGAGAGGAGGGGGGGCAGAGAGAGAGAGAGAGAGAGAAAGAGGAGCCGGAGGGAGGGCGGCGGAGCGGCGGCGGGCGCGCGUGGAGGCGGGCGCGCAGCAGCAGCCCCGGCCGUGGGCAGCCAGGAGCCCCCCGGCCCGGCCCGCCCGGCCCGGCCCGCCGCGGGCCCCAGCGCAGGAGCCGCGCCCGGACCGGGGUGUGUGCCGAGAAGGACUUUGGCUCCUGGGGGGUUACCCAGCCAGCUCUGAAGCUGCUCUCGCGGGCCGGCGGUUGUACAAGUCCAUGCCCGCCUAGCCGGCCGCCGCGGGAUGGAGGGCUUCAUGGACUCAGGGACACAGACGGACGCUGUGGUGGUGCUGUCCUUGGCACAGGCCGCCGUGCUGGGCCUGGUCUCGGAAAAUGAGCUCUUCGGAGCCACCAUAAGCGCCCAGGCCUUCUACCAGGACCUGGGCCCUGAGCUGCCGGGGACGGCCCUGGGCGAGCCGGGGCCGCCGGGCCCCGAGGUCUACCAGCUGGCCUGCAACGGGCGGGCCCUGGAGGAACCAGCCGAGGAGGAGGUGCUGGAGGUGGAGGCGGCCUGCGAGAAGCACACCCGGCGGAAGACGCGGCCCCCGGUGCGGCUGGUGCCCAAGGUCAAGUUCGAGAAGGUGGAGGAGGAGGAGGAGCAGGAGGUGUACGAGGUCUCUGUGCCUGGGGACAAGGAUGCAGGCCCGGCCGAGGCCCCUGCCGAGGCAGCAGGUGGCGGCUGCGAGACCCUGGUGCAGAGCAGUGCCGUCAAGAUGAUCGACCUCAGCGCCUUCAGCCGCAAGCCCCGGACGCUCCGGCACCUGCCGCGGACCCCCAGGCCCGAGCUGGACGUGGCCCCCUACGAGCCUCACUUCCCGGAGCCGGCCCGGGACGGCUUCCCCGAGCCCAGCCUGGCGCUGCCCGGGCCGGAGGCCUUGCCCGCCGAGUGUGGCUUCGAGCCACCGGCACACCUGGCCCCCCUGAGUGACCCCGAGCCGCCCGCCCUGGCGUCACCGGAGCCCGUGAAGCCGGAGCAGGGCUUUGUGUGGCAGGAGGCGGGCGAGUUCGAGGCGGACGCGGCCGGCUCCACGGCGGAGCGGCACAAGAAGGCGCAGCUGGACCGGCUGGACAUCAACGUGCAGAUCGACGACUCGUACCUGGUGGAGGCGGGCGACCGGCAGAAGCGCUGGCAGUGCCGCAUGUGCGAGAAGUCCUACACGUCCAAGUACAACCUGGUGACGCACAUCCUGGGCCACAACGGCAUCAAGCCGCACUCGUGCCCGCACUGCAGCAAGCUCUUCAAGCAGCCCAGCCACCUGCAGACGCACCUGCUCACGCACCAGGGCACGCGGCCCCACAAGUGCCAGGUGUGCCACAAGGCCUUCACGCAGACCAGCCACCUGAAGCGCCACAUGCUGCUGCACUCGGAGGUCAAGCCCUACAGCUGCCACUUCUGCGGCCGCGGCUUCGCCUACCCCAGCGAGCUCAAGGCCCACGAGGUGAAGCACGAGAGCGGCCGCUGCCACGUGUGCGUCGAGUGCGGCCUGGACUUCUCCACCCUGACGCAGCUCAAGCGCCACCUGGCCUCCCACCAGGGCCCCACCCUCUACCAGUGCCUGGAGUGCGACAAGUCCUUCCACUACCGCAGCCAGCUGCAGAACCACAUGCUCAAGCACCAGAACGUGCGGCCCUUCGUGUGCACCGAGUGCGGCAUGGAGUUCAGCCAGAUCCACCACCUGAAGCAGCACUCGCUCACCCACAAGGGCGUGAAGGAGUUCAAGUGCGAGGUGUGUGGCCGGGAGUUCACCCUGCAGGCGAACAUGAAGCGACACAUGCUGAUCCACACCAGCGUCCGGCCCUACCAGUGCCACAUCUGCUUCAAGACCUUCGUGCAGAAGCAGACCCUCAAGACCCACAUGAUUGUACACUCGCCCGUGAAGCCAUUCAAGUGCAAGGUGUGCGGGAAGUCCUUCAACCGCAUGUACAACCUGCUGGGCCACAUGCACCUGCACGCGGGCAGCAAGCCCUUCAAGUGCCCCUACUGCUCCAGCAAGUUCAACCUCAAGGGCAACCUGAGCCGGCACAUGAAGGUCAAGCACGGCGUCAUGGACAUCGGCCUGGACAGCCAAGACCCCAUGAUGGAGCUGACAGGCCCCGAGCCCUCGGAGCUGGACGGCCAGCAGGAGCUGGAGGACUUCGAGGACAAUGCUUACCCCUACGCGGGCGUGGACGGCGGCGCCGAGGCCAGCGUGCUCACGGAGCAGGCCAUGAAAGAGAUGGCCUACUACAACGUGCUAUAGCGAGGAGGGGCGGGGCUGCGGCCGCCCCCCCACCCCACCCCGCAGCUGAGAAGCAAACUACUGCCCCACCGGCCCCACCCCACCCCCCGCCCCAGGCGUUUGCACCACUAGGGACCUGUAGACCAAAUGGAUUCAGUACUACUGGCCUGGUCAGAGCCAGGCGCCGGCCCCUGGCGUUGUGGCCAGGGAAGCGUAGCGCAGGAGGCCCAGGCCUGGGUCUCGUCGGCCUGCUGCCGUGGGAGGAGUGCAGGAAGGCCGAGGAAGCACAAGGCCCGGGCCCAGCGGCCUCCCCAGGCCCGGCAUUGCUCUUCAGGGCUCCUGACCCUGCAGGCCUUGGUCCCCUCUGACCAGCCGCUGCCUCCAGGGACCGCUGAGCGCCUGCUGCUCUGCACAGCCCACCCCCAGCCCACCAGGCCCGAGAGUCGCCGCCAGCCAGGCAGGGCCCCCUGCCUUCUACCUCCUGGGGCUCCCUGGUGCUGCAGCCAGGAGUGCCCAGAAGCGGGAGCACAACCAGGGCCCGCCCCCGGAAGGCCCCCGGCCCCCAGCCCCCAACAUGGGCUCCCCAGGGUCCCCCACCCGUCCUGCCCCCAGCAUGACCCAGGCAGGACACCUGGAGAUGGCGGCCCCGGCACCAGGGCAGGGUGGGGGGGGCUGGAAUCGUUCUGCUGAGCAAGGACGCGCUGCAGGACGGGAGGCGCGGGCUCCCCACCGAGCACCAGAGUGAAACCGAAGAUGAAGACUGCACGGGCAAACAAAUCUUGGCGCGCACACGGGGGUGUUUUGAAGGUAAUUUAUUAUUUUUUCUUUCCAACUCCGUGUCGCCUGUUACCUUGUCGGAUGGAGACGCCGUUCCUUUUCCAGACGUGAGCUUUCUCGUGUGCCGCGCGUGCUGUGCGCCCCCCGACCCUGCGGCAGCCUGGCUGGACAGGGCUCGCGCUCAGCGGGGCCUGCCCUCCCGCCCAGCCCCUCGCCCAGCUCAGCCCACGGUUCCUGGCCCCAGCCCCGGGCCUGUGGCUCGGGGCACUGAGCUAGCACAUUCAGGAACGCCCGGGCCCACGGCCUCCACCUCUCACCUCCUGAGGCCUUGGUGGGGAGAGACGGGCAGGGCCGGCCCCGGCAGGCACAGGUGGAGCCGGCAGCUUCAGCCAGAAACCAGGAGGGGAAAGCAGCCGGCGUGGGGGGAACCCGUCUGCAAGGCAGCGACCCCCACGGCCGGGCCUCAGGGCGACCGCGAUCAGGACGGAGGGGUGGACAAGGUGGCCCAAGGGUGGCCUCCCAGGUGCCCGCCAUGCGGACCGUCAGGUGGCAGUGAGCCUGUCGCUGCAGAAGACACUUCUCCUGCUGGGCAGAAGGCACCAUCCCCUGCAAACUACCUCUUCCCACAUCUUUCCCCCUGGUACCAAAAAAGAACCCUGUACCUCCUCCUCCUCUUCCUCCUCCUCCUGCUGCCAGCGCAGUGGCCUUGGUCUUGGACUCGCCCCAGGCCGGGGUCUCCUCCCCCGCCCCCGCCCCGCCCCCAGCGGCACCGCCCUCUGCAAGAUGGGAUACUUGAACGCCCCUUCCCCGGGAAAAACUAGGAGGAGGAUGCGCACGACCCCCGCGCACCCACCGCGGCGGCCUCGGCAACACUCCCCCCACCCCUUCCCAGCCCCCUCCGGACGACUCGGGUGACCGGGCAGCUCCUGGCGAACCCACUCUAACUUAUUUUGCCGUGUGUACAAACCAACCGUUUAGACACUCACGUGUGCAGAGCCCUACUGUGUUUCUAUGUUCCUGUUUCAGAGAGUUUACUUAGCAAUAAUUAUAAAUAAAUGGAUAUUCUUUAGCAAGGCGA